UGCGAUAACUCUUACAUUUUCGAUAAACAUCACAAUCACCAGGAUGUCGGGAACCAAAGUGCUACGCUCCCUGCUGCACGAGCUACGCAAGGCGUCGCCAAAUGGCUGCAUUAAGGACUCCUUGGCCGCCCGCUACAUACUGGCGCAAUACAAGAAGUACGAGACGACGGACCAGCAGCACUGCAAGGCACGCAACGAGGCGGUCUUCUUGGGCCAAACAUAUCUCACUUACUUGAGCAGCCUGCGCAACUAUACUGAGCUGUACCACGAGUUCCAUGGUCGAGGAGAGCGUACUGUGAAGGAUACAGCCGAUCUGGUGGGCUUCAAGUUGCCCACAGAUCCCAAGUGAGGCUGAGUGACUGGAUAUUUCUAUAGUAUGUAGUGCGAUUAAAGCUGCUUAAUGUUUAAAGAAUA